AUGAAAACGAAACUAUCGGUUUAUCCGGAUGCGAUAUGUCAGGCAAUGGAUGACACUGAAUCUAAUGUAUGCCAUGUGCCAGAUGGCUCAGUCCACUGGACCAUACACGGUUUAUGGCCAACGAGAAAUGAUGGCUCUUUUCCACAGUUUUGUGAUGUGGAACAUCAUAAAUUUGAUCCGAACCAAAUAUCUACUAUCAGAAAUAUUCUGGAAGAAACAUGGCCAAACAUCUUAACGAAAGAAUCCGUUACUUCUUUAUGUUUAUUGAAAAAAGUUGGAAUUACACCGAGCAUAACAAAGCCAUAUUCUCGUGAAAUGCUCAUAUCACUUGUGGUAUCCGCUUUGAGUUCUUCGAACGAUACCAAUUUUCUUCAAAUACACUGUAUCAAAGAUAAAAAGAUUGAUAAGUGGUUAUUAGCUGAUAUGCGAUUAUGUAUCGACAAAAAUUUCAAAUUAAUCGACUGCUCAUUAGCGAAUCAAUUCGAAGUGUUACCUCACGUAACGCAGUGUCCUCGAAAUGAUAUUUAUUAUAUUCCGCGAAAAAAUAUUCAAAAUACGCUUUCUAAUGCUUUGCUUGAAAAUUUCUUUUUGCUAACACAACUUCUAAAGUCUUUUUUUGAUAGCUUCUUUAAUAGUGAUAAAGAUGAAAUUGAUUUUAAUUGGCGGAAAUAUUGCUGA